GACAACAUCUCACCGCUCAUCUGACUGAGGAGAUCCAUGUUAUGGAGUUGCCCAGAAACUGCAGGAAACUGCCCAGGAAUUGCCCGAGAUUUCCACUUGCAUAACCCAAAUUCGAUGUGUGUGCAGGGCCUCGAUGCGCGCCAAGCCCCUCCCCGCAGCGCGCUUGGGGCUUGCACGUGGGGGUGCUGGUUGGUCGCAUGUAACGUUGGCCGAAGGUUAAACUCUCCGAUACCGCGAUGUCGUAGUGUAAUUUACAUGUACAGACGUACCUCGGAAUCCGACAAACGACGGGAGCUUCGGUUUCGAAUGGUUGGAUGGUGAUCUCAUCUCGAGUUGUCGGAACUUCUCGUGUUGACCGCGUCGACCGCAUAGCGGCAUCAGAAUUAUCCAAAUUCCAUCUGCUGCAUGUGAUUCAUGCCGGCUGUACGACAAUAAUAUGCAGUUUCUCAGCUCGAGGCUCGCGCAUGCAGAGCGCCGUCUCCUCAGAGCGAAGUUCAUCGUCAACCCCCCGGCCAACCAAUCCGUAUCAAGGCUACGUUUCUCAACGUCACGCCAAGUGCGGGCCUCAAAUCAAGUUUACGCCUGUGUCCGCAACCUCGACCAGUUCCACACCUACCAGCUCCUGUCCUCUUCCUCACGGACACCGUUGUUGACCCUAUGGACUACCUCGUGGUGCUCCACCUGCCGCAUCGUGGAACCCCUGAUCAAAGAGCUCAUCGAAUCUGGUGUUGGUGAGGCCGAGGGCGGCGUGGGCUAUUGCACCGUCGAGUUCGACAGCCCGGACGUAAUGUCGGCCGGGUUAGGUCUCACUUACAUGAUCAACUCGAUCCCAACGUUACUGAGCUUUGAUGCCGGUGAAGCGCAGAUCCAAACCAAGGUCUCUGACGGGAAGAAGCUGGCAGAUCGGCGGUUCCUCGAAGAAUGGAUCAAGAACGAGGCGAAACGGCAGGGCAACCGUGGGGGUGGAGGGCCGAGUGGGGGGUCGAACCUCCUCAGUAGCAUUUUCGGUACGAAGUAGACCCUGAUCACCCCCUUGCCGAAGCCGGCAUGGUGAUAGCAUGCAUACUUGAUCCGCGGCUGGCCCAGCCGAGUGAC